UGCAACAAUAAAAAGGCAAGCAAAGCGAAAGUUGAAGCAAUGUGGAAAGUUUUCUGAACAAAGAGCUCUCUCUUGCAUUUGCAACAAUAGAAAGAGUGUUCAUUCUCCAACAACACACUUCUCUCAAUCUUCUGCUCAGCAACAGAAAAGAAAUAGAAGAGUGGUACAAAAGUUGAGAAUAGAACUGCAACAAUGUAAUAGAAUUAGAAGAGGUUUCAUUCUCCAUCAACACACAUCUAUCUUCUUACAAGGAUCACCAUUCGCCACAGGUUUUCAUUUUGGUGAGAAAAUGAUGAAUCCUGAUGUGGAAGUUUCAGAUGAAUCCUACAUUCAGAUUAUUACAGUAUCACGAGAUUAUCUGAGUCAUAACCAAACUCUUCCCUCUGAUUAUCUGAGUCAUAACCAAACUCUUCCCUCUGUUGCUACGUCACAAGCUGUCUCACAAGAUUAUAUGGAAGUACUGUACCGGCUUGCACUCGUAGGUGAGUGGCAUGAAAUGAAACCCAUUGUUGAAAAUGAUCCUGCUAGUGUUCGCGUUCCACUGACUUCAGAUGGCGACACAGUUCUUCAUCUAGCAGUAAGGUCAGAGAACGUUAAAAUGGUGGAAGAGUUGGUUAAUGUUAUGGCGAUAGAAGACAUGCUAAAACCAAACUCAGACGGGUGGCUUCCCGUUCACCUUGCUGCUAUACCUGUCCGUUACACAAGAAUGAAAUAUCUAUACUCGCAACAUCUGCUUGACAAAAUGGCUUUCCAUCACAUUGGAUUUCUCUUUUUUAUUGCCCUUGAAUACAACUUGUUUGACUUGGCCAUGAAAUUAUUUAAAAUGUAUACACGUCAAUUGACCAUGGCAAGAGAUGGAAACCAGCAAACAGCAUUGCAUUGGCUGGCGCGAAAGCCUUCAGAAAUUCUACAGAGGGAAUUACUAGACCACAAUGAUAACAGUGGACUAUCAAAAGUAACGGGCAUGCAAUUGCUGAGAGAGAUAUGGACGGAAGUUGAACAUUUGGAAUUACGAAAAAUAAUAUCGUUGACUACUGAUCCCACACCAAUAUUGCUUGAUGCACUGGAAUCAGGAAAUGAUGAUCAAGUAAUUCGGCUUUUCUUGAGGAUACCUCAAACAGUCAUCUACUCAAUUGACUCUAAACAACGGAACCUAUUCCACUUGCUUCUUCACUAUCGACGUUUAAACAUCUUUGAUGAGUAUAAAAAUAUUAGUGUGAUAAAGUAUUUAAUGCUAGGGUUGGAUGACGAGGGUAACAACGUUCUACACGAGGCUGCGCACCUACCACCUCAAUUCCAACUAAACUCUGGUUUAAAUGCAGUCAUUCAAAUGAAAACAGAGCACGCAUGGUUCAAGAAAGUACAGAAAAGCGCUCCUUUUGAAUUACGAAGCGAAAGAAACAAGAAUGGAAAGACACCAAUUGAGAUAUUUUAUGAUGAACAUAAGCCGUUAUCGAAAGAGAUCAAAGAAUCCGCCAAAGGAAUAGCAGAAUCUGGGAUGCUUGUGGCAACCCUUGUUGCCACCGUAGCAUUUGCAGCUGCUCUCACCGUUCCAGGUGACAAGAAGAAUCCCUGGUUCAUUGUCUUCAUCGUCACAAAUGCAGUGGCAUUAUUCACUUCUUCUGCCUCCAUACUCUCUUUCUUGUCAAAUUUCACUUCUUCAAGAUUUGCAGAAACUGAAUUUGUUAUAUCACUACAUCCCAGCUUGACUUUUGGACCUGCAUUCCUAAUUGCCUCAGUUGCUGCUAUGGUUGUGGCUUUCAUUGCAGCCUCCUUUCUCAUAUUUGAUCACACAACAAGUUGGGUUUCGUUUGUGGUGACUCCAAUGGGGGUUUUCCCAUUGCUUGUGUUUCUUCUCUUUCAAUCUAGAUUCUGCGAUGAUUUAUUUUGGUCUAGAUACUAUCGUCCCAAACUUUGGUGACCUGUUUCUUACAACAUCAUUAAGUGUUUUUCCUAUUUUAUGUGUCUUAAUUACUCCAUCAUUUCUGUCUAUCAUUUGUUUUGUUUGU